AUAAAAAAUAUACACUUACUGUACCAGUUUUGCACAGAUCAAUACUGCUAUGGGCGCCUCCAUCCAACGAAACGACACUUACGCUACACCAGGGUUAAGGUUACACACAGGUGUUCAGAACAUGCUAAAUAGCUAAUUAGCACAGGUGGUCUCCUCUUUUUCCGUAAACAAGCGGUGUAAACAUGGAAAUAUGGCCGUGUGGGAACACUAACCAUAUCAAGUCUUACCAUCUCAGUAUGAGCCUCCACACAUUGAACAGCCUGCAUCUGGUGCCCAAGCAGGACUCCGUGGCUAACCAGCUGGUGAGUGGAGCCUUGCAGCUGGCCAGGAACACCGCCCUCUUCCUGGAUGAGAUGCAGCUGGAGCAGGGUCAACUGGACACCUCGGGUGUGUGGAACAUCCCGGCUCUGGGGAACCUGAUCUCCUGGCAGAAGGUUGAUUAUGACUUCAACAAGAUGGAAUUCCCCUGCAAUAUUAACGUGCUCAUCACGUCAGAGGGCAGAUCCCUGCUGCCGGUGAGGACAGACAAAGGCGUCAAAUCAAAUUUUAUUGGCCACAUCCGCAAUACCAUCUGAUAAGUAUGUGUGUGUAGUGAAAUGCUUGUGUUCCUAGCUCCAACAGUGCAGUAGUAUCUAACAAUUCCCAAUACACACAAAUCUAAAAGUAAAGAAUGGAAUUAAGAAAUAUAUAAAUAUUAGAUUGAGCAAUGUCGGAGUGGCAUUGACUAAAAUGUAGUGUAUACUUAUGAGAUGACUAAAGCAGUAUUUAAACAUUAUUAAAGUGACUAGUGCUCCAUUAAAGUGGCCAGUGAUUCCAAGUCUAUGUAUAUAGGGUAGCAGCCUCUAAGGUGCAGGGUUGA